GGAUGAGCCUGGGCUACUACUCGCCUCUCCUCGCCUCUGAUUGGCCACUGCCACUGCCACUCUUCUAGGGUGGGCCGUGUGCAUUCAUGCCUCGUGUCCGUUGGACCUCGCAGCUGCCAGUCAGAGGUUUGUGAGCGCUGAUUGGCCGGCGGCUCCAGCUGGUCCAGAUUCAUUCACCAUUUUGUCUGUUGGAGUAAAAGGGGCUCGGAGGGGCCGAGAGGGGCUCGGGCUGGACCAUCCCGUGGUGCAGGGGGGACCGGGCUGUACCAACCCCCUGGAUAGGGGGUAAGACUCUACUCGGCUCCUCCUCGGACGAGGGGGCAAACAGGUCUUGUGUGUCCACCCGGCCUGGAGGCUGGAAGAUGAAACCUGUGAGGAAGGCUGCCAGCUCCUCCUCUUCCUCCUCGUCCAGCAGCAACAGCCGAUCUCCCCCGUCCACCCGGGCCAAGACCCAGAAGCGCAGGACGGUUGAGGGGGGGCCCAAGUCGGCAGGGGAGGAGGAGGGGGUCAGGGGAGGCGGAGAGGAAAGUCCUGCCCAGCCCCUGCCCUUGCCGGGCCCCCAUCUCAUGCCAGUGAAGAUGGACCCCGGCUCGCGGGAGCUGCCUGGGCGGCAGAGUGACCCCUAUGAGCCACCCGACGGGGAGCCGGGGUGCGACGACCCCCCAGGGGAGCCUCCUCUGAGCCGCAAGACGGCCACCUUCAAAUCCCGAGCCCCCCGCAAGAACCCAGCGGCCGGGGAGGAGUGGAGCGGCUCUGAGGGCUCCGGGGCGCCAGGUGAAGAGGGCACCGGGCACUGCCCCUCCUCCAGCACCGACACGGCCAGCGAGCACUCGGCUGAUGAGGAUGCCAAGGGAGCUGGGGGAGAGUUGUGGGGCACGGCCCCAGGCCCCAGCGACUAUGACCUGCGCCUGCUGCGCUCGCAGCGGGUCCUGGCCCGGCGCCAGGGCAUCUUCCAGCCGGCUGUGGUCAAGCACAUCCGGCGUGGCCAGGACCUGGGAGUUCAGUUCACCGGCGACCGGGCCAUCACCUACUAUGAGGGGGCGCUGGGCUCGGGGGUCCUGGACGUGGUCCUGGACACCACGCCUCUUGCGACCACUGUGGCAGUGGGGGCCCAUGUCUGCGUCUGCGUGGCCCCCGAGGAGACAGCCUACUACGAGGGCAUCGUGCUGGAGGUGAGCCUGAAGCCGGCCUCCUACAAGGUGCGUUUUUCCGGCCCCAGCCCGGCCCCCUGCAAGGACACGGUGUGGGUGCCACGCUCUGGCCUGCGGCUGUUGCGCCCACCCUGGAGCCCGGCUGUCGCCGCACCCCCCAAGCCAGAGGAGGAGGAGCCCCCCUGCCCUGAGCCCAAGCAGCCAGAGGACGCAGAGGUCUCCAAGAUCAGCGCUGGCGUGCGGGGGGCUGGGGAGGAGAAGCCCCCGGCCGCCGCCCCGCAGCUGUUGUCACCCCCUAAGUCCCCGGCCUUUGCCCGCCUGCCGGAGCAGGCCUCUCCACUGCUCAGCCCCGAGGCGGGCGGCAGCCGCAGCAGCAGCGUGGUGUCGGUGGAGAAGUGCAGCACGCCGGGCUCGGCGCGCUCCCGCACGCCUCUGACGGCCGCCCAGCAAAAGUACAAGAAGGGGGACGUGGUCUGCACCCCCAACGGCAUCCGCAAGAAGUUCAAUGGCAAACAGUGGCGCCGGCUCUGCUCCCGCGAGGGCUGCAUGAAGGAGUCCCAGCGGCGCGGCUACUGCUCCCGCCACCUCUCCAUGCGCACCAAGGAGCUGGAGAGCCUGUCGGAGGGCCGGGCCAGCGGGCUGCGGGAGGGCAGCGCCGAGUUCGACUGGGAUGAGACGUCCCGCGACAGCGAGGCCAGCAGCGCCCGUGGCGACUCCCGGCCCCGCCUGGUGGCACCAGCCGACCUGUCCCGCUUCGAGUUCGACGAGUGCGAGGCGGCCGUCAUGCUGGUGUCGCUGGGCAGCUCGCGCUCGGGCACCCCAUCCUUCUCGCCCGUCUCCACCCAGUCGCCCUUCUCACCCGCCCCCUCGCCAUCCCCCUCGCCCCUCUUUGGUUUCCGGCCCGCCAACUUCAGCCCCAUCAACGCCUCGCCUGUCAUCCAGCGGGCAGCUGCCCGCAGCCGCCAUGUCAGUGCCAGCACGCCCAAGGGGGCGGGGGGCGGAGUGCUGAGCCCCGAGAUGCUGCACCACGCUCCUCACCGGGAGCGGCACUCCUCAGGCAUCGUGCCCACCUUCCAGACCAACCUGACCUUCACCGUGCCCAUGAGCCCCGGCAAGCGCAAAGCGGAGGCACCCCAUGGCGGGCUAGGUGGGGGCGCCGACUUUCAGAAGAGUGACAGCCUGGACUCGGGGGUGGAGUCGGUCUCCCACACCCCCACCCCGUCCACACCUGCCGGCUUCCGGGCCGUCUCGCCCCCCGGCCCCGGGCCCUUCUCCUCCCGCUCUCAGCAGGCCUCGCCGCUGCUGCUACUCUCCCCGCCAGCAGGGCUGACCUCCGACCCCAGCCCCACAGUGCGCCGGGUGCCAGCCGUGCAGCGGGACUCUCCCGUCAUCGUCCGCAACCCUGAUGUGCCGCUGCCCUCCAAGUUCACAGAGAAGCCGCGGGAGGGGCAGGCUGGCAGCCCCCGGCUGGGCAAGGUGGGCACCAAAGAACAGCUGCAGGUGCCGGUGCCCAUCAAUAUGGGGCGGGCGCUGCCCUGCAGCCAGCCUAGCGCUGUCCCGGCCCCAGAACAGGCGCCCCCCGUCUUCAGCGUCUCCUCCCCCUUCCAGCCGGUCGCCUUCCACCCCUCCCCAGCCGCCCUGCUGCCUGUCAUUGUGCCUAACGACUACUCCGGGCCGCCAGCCCCCAAGAAAGAGAUCAUCAUGGGCCGGCCUGGCACAGUCUGGACCAACGUGGAGCCGCGCUCUGUGGCCGUGUUCCCGUGGCACUCCCUUGUGCCGUUCCUGGCCCCCAGCCAGCCGGACUCCUCCGUCCAGCCCAGCGAGGGGCAGCAGCCUGUCAGUCACCCCCUGGUGUCCAAUCAGAACAAAGAGCCUCCAGAAUCAGCGGCCAUUGCCCAUGACCUCCCGGGGGCGGUGGCGGGAGCUGAGCUGGGGGCUUCCCGCCCCAACAGUCCAGCCUCAGCCCCCCAGGCCACGGCAGCGGCUGGAGGGGGAGAGGGCCCCUCCCAGCUCGAGGACGAGGCCCUGGGACCCCCAAGGCUGGACAGUGAGACAGAGAGUGACCACGAUGACCCGUUCCUGUCGAUCGUGUCCCCCGAGAUCCAGCUCCCUUUGCAGCCUGGGAAGCGCCGGACACAGUCGCUGAGCGCCCUGCCCAAGGACCGAGACUCCUCCUCGGAGAAGGAUGGGCGCAGCCCCAACAAGCGGGAGAAGGACCAUAUCCGGCGGCCCAUGAACGCCUUCAUGAUCUUCAGCAAGCGGCACCGGGCACUGGUGCACCAGCGGCACCCAAACCAGGACAACCGGACCGUCAGCAAGAUCCUGGGCGAGUGGUGGUAUGCGCUGGGGCCCAAGGAGAAGCAGAAGUACCAUGACCUGGCCUUCCAGGUGAAGGAGGCGCACUUCAAGGCGCAUCCCGACUGGAAGUGGUGUAACAAGGACCGGAAGAAGUCCAGCUCGGACGCCAAGCCCUCGGCACCGGGGCCCGGUGGGGGCCCCAAGGAGGCGCGGGAGCGCAGCAUGUCGGAGACGGGCACGGCUGCUGUGCUGGGAGCCUCCUCGGAGAUCCCGGUGCUGGCGGGGCCAGAGGGCAAGACAGGGGCCCCAGGGCACGUGCCUGGGGAGCGGCUGAUCCACGUGCCGGGGGCUGGGGUGCAGCGCCCCCGGGCCUUCUCCCACAGCGGGGUGCACGGGCUGGAUGCCGGAGAGCGGGACAGCCAGGCGCUGCAGGAGCUCACGCAGAUGUGUUCCAGCCCGUCGCCCUACCCCAGCGGGAAGGGGCAGUAUGGGGGGCCGGGCCCCUCAGGGUCCCCAUUCGCAGCACCAGGUGAAGGUCCCCGGCCCCCCCUGCUGCCGCCGGCCCCCCGCACCGCCCGCUCCCAGCGCGUGGCCAGUGAGGACAUGACAAGCGAUGAGGAGCGCAUGGUCAUCUGCGAGGAGGAGGGGGACGAUGACGUCAUCGCGGACGAUGGGUUCAACCCGCCCGACAUCGACCUGAAGUGCAAGGAGCGGGUGACAGACAGUGAAAGCGAGACCUCCUCGGGCGAGGAACCCGACGGCAAGGGCUUUGGGCAGAAGCUCUUCUCCCCAGUGAUCCGCUCCCCGCCACUGCCCCCCUCCUCGGGUGCCUUCGCUCCCUGCCGCCCUCCAGCUCCCCCUGAGCUAGACCUGCCCCACGGCCCCGACCAGCCCCCUCUGGCCCAGCCCUACAGCCCCUUCUCGCUGGCGCUUGGCCCUUUCAAGGCCCAGGACUCACGGGGGCCCCGGCCCCCUGCCCCACCGCCUGCCAAACGCCCUGAGCCAGCCCCCACCUAUCGCCGGAAGCGGGCUGACAGCGCUGGAGGGGCCGAGCCCAGCGCUGCUGGGCCCUCGGUCAUCUCCUCCCCUGGGGGGGUGCUGCAGGCGCUGGUGCUGCCAGAGCCGGGGCGCCUGUCUGCAGGCACCGUGCUGGUGCCCGCCCCCUCACUCAGCAGCUGCGGGGGGGCGCCGGGCCUGGUGCGCACCGCCUCCACCGUGGUCACCAACGUGGUAAAGCCGGUCAGCAGCACCCCCGUGCCCAUCGCCAGCAAGCCCUUCCCCCGGGGGGCGGGCGAGGGCGGGCCCCUGCUCAGUCCCCCGGCCCUGGAGCCGGCCCCGCCGCCCCUGGCCGUGCUGGGGGGUGCCAAGCCGGAGACCGUGCCUGUGGGUCGCAUCAGCCUGCUCUACGCCGACAAGAAGCCCCUGCCCCCCGCCAGCCAGGCCCCCUCCCCCCACGUGGUGGUCGGGCCGAUGAGCAAGGUCCCAGCGGCCCCGGGAAACGUGGUGACCAACCUGCUGGUGGGGCAGGCGGGGGGCGCGGCAUCCGGGCCGGCCCCCGUGACCGUGCUGCCGCCACAGCCCUCCGUGCAGUUCAUUACCCAGAACCCCCCGGGGGCCAGCCCCAAUGGGCCGGUGCCCCUGGGCAUCCUGCAGCCUCAGGGCCUCCUGUCGGGGACGCCAGGCAAGGCAGGGGGCAUCACCCAGGUGCAGUACAUCCUGCCCACCCUGCCCCAGCAGCUGCAGGUGGCCGGGGGCAAGGGGGCAGGGGCCGGAGCUGCCAGCAUCCACUUCACCCUGCCCCCAACCAGCAGCAAGGUCCUCGCCACUGCACCCCACGGCCUGCCCAUCCUCCAGCCCGGGCCCGGCAGUGCCAGCACAGCCGUCACCGUCGUCUCCACCACGCCGAAAGCCCAGUCGGUGUCUCCGGUGCAGGCUCCGGGCCCUGGCGGCUCGGCCCACCUGGUGCAGGGGAAGGUGCUGGUGCCUGUGGCAGCCCCCCAGGUGACGGUGCGGCCCGGGGGUGGGGCCGGCCCGAUGGCCCAGGUGGCGCCACCCUUCGUGCCCCUGCAGAACGGAUCCCAGCCCGCCAGCAAGAUCAUCCAGCUGACGCCGCUGACCCCCGCGCCGAACAGCGCUGCCCUGGCGCCCCCCCUGAGCCCCGCCACAGCCCUCGUGGGACCCCCCAGCCAGGCCCAGAAGGUGCUGCUGCCCUCCUCCACCAGGAUCACCUAUGUGCAGUCCACAGGCGGGCACCAGCUGAGCCUGGGCACCUCAGCCUCCCCCUCGCAGCCUGGCGCCACCCCUGCCGCCACCUAUGUGCAGGCCCCCGUGGGGCCGGCCCCCAUGGCCCUGGGCUUCACGGCCAUCGGGCCCAGUGGGCCAGCCAUUGUGCAGCCGCUGCUCUCGGGGCAGAGCCCCCUGCUGGCUCCAGGGCAGGUGGGGGUUUCCCCGCUGCCCAGCCCCCAGCUGCCCCCCUCCUGCAGCGGCCCGGUGAUCACGGCCAUCUACCCUGGCCCCCCGAGCGCCGGCCCCACCCCAUCACCCGCCCACGGUCUCGUCUACAGCGUGGCCAGCCCCGCUCCUGCCCCCAUCCUGCCCAAGGGGAGCAGUGCCGGCAGCCAGGGCACAAUGGGGCCUGGACCCAUGGGUAUGAAUGGGGUGGGGCUGGGUAGGGACCCACUCCAACCACAUGGCCACAGAAUGGGGGCGGGGCUAUGGAACAGGGGGCGGGGAUGGGCAUGGCUCCACCCACAUGGCCACAGAAUGGGGGUGGGGCUAUGGAAUAGGGGGCUGGGCAUGGCUCCACCCACAUGGUCACAGAAUGAGGGUGGGGCUAUGGAACGGGUUGGGGCUGGGCAGCACCCCACACACGUGGCCACAGAAUGGGGGGCCUCCUCGCCUUCCCCCAGCAACUGCCCGGCCCCCCGCCCCCCACCGAAGCCCCCCCAGAAAGUGAAGGCCGCCAUCGCCAGCAUCCCUGUGGGCUCCUACGAGUCCACCCCGUCACCAGGCCCCACUCGGCCUCUGGGGGGGCAGCAGAUGGAGCCUGGGGGCCCCCCCCGUGUCCCCCGGGAGCUGGAGAGCCCCAGGGAGCCUCCAGAGCCGCCUGCCUCCUCCUCCCCGCCCCAGCCCCCUCAGCCCAGGCCAGCUCCAGAGCCAGAGAGCUGGGAUGGGCGCCCCCCCUCGCCCACGCCCCCCCAGCACCCACCCCCUGAGGCUGAGAGCGGUGAGGGCUGGAGCCAGCGGGAGGCAGUGCUGGGGCCCAGUGAGGAACGAACACCCAGAGAGCCGGCAAGCGCCCCUGGAGCUGCCCUCGGGGGCAAGGGGCCCGAGACGACCCCCCGGGGGCCUGUCUCUCCCGACUGGAGGGUCCCGGGUCCUGAGAGCCGCCCUGAAGCCCCAGCUCCCCCUGCUGGCCCCUCGUCAUCCUCUGCGCUCAGUCCCACCCCCGCUGGCUCUGGGGAUGGGUCCCGGGGGGCAGGUCCCACCCCCGGUGUGCCCGAGGGCCCAGAGCACAAGGAGGGGGCAGGCGGCAAGAAGGUGAAGGUCCGGCCUCCACCGCUGAAGAAAACCUUCGACUCGGUGGACAACAGGGUUCUGUCCGAGGUGGAUUUCGAGGAACGAUUCGCCGAGCUGCCCGAGUUCAAGCCUGAGGAGGUUCUGCCGUCGCCCACGCUGCAGUCCCUGGCUACGUCGCCCCGCGCCAUUCUGGGCAGCUACCGCAAGAAACGCAAGAACUCCACCGACCUGGACUCCUCCACCGAGGACCCCAUCUCGCCCAAGCGGAAGAUGCGGCGCCGCUCAAGCUGCAGCUCGGAGCCCAACACGCCCAAGAGCGCCAAGUGCGAGGGCGACAUCUUCACCUUUGACAAAACAGGCGCGGAGGCAGAGGAUGUGCUGGGGGAGCUGGAGUAUGAGAAGGUCCCGUAUUCGUCGCUGCGCCGGACCCUGGACCAGAGGCGGGCGCUGGUCAUGCAGCUCUUCCAGGACCACGGCUUCUUCCCCUCAGCCCAGGCUACGGCCGCGUUCCAGGCCCGCUACUCCGACAUCUUCCCCACCAAGGUCUGCCUGCAGCUGAAGAUCCGCGAGGUGCGGCAGAAAAUCAUGCAGUCGGCCACUCCCACAGAGCAAGCGCCCAGCACACCCGAGCCGGGGGGCCCGGGCAGUGGCAGUGCCGCAGAGGGGCAGCCCCCAGAGCCUGUGCCCCCCCAGGACUCAGACCCAGGGGCGGAGGCUGGUGGCAGCACCAGCUGGGACAAUAGCCAGACGUCUCCCCCGGGGGGCGCCGCAGGCAGCAGCAGAUGAAGGGCCUUGAGCAGCACGGCUGGAAGCAAAGCAUUCUGGGAGCUUCGCCCGCCUUCCUGCUACACCCCAGCCUGACUGGCUCCCCCGGGAUGGUCCACUCCGCCAUGGACUGCAGUGCCCCCCUGCAAGGAUGGUCUGCUCUGCCACGGGCACCAGCGCCUGCCCGCCCCUCAGCUGAGAUGGUCUGCUCCACCAUGGGCACCAGCGCCUGCUCCCCACAGCUAGGAUGGUCUGCUCCGCCGUGGGCACCAGCACCUACCCGCCCCUCAGCCGGGAUGGUCUGCUCCGCCACGGGCACCAGCGCCUGCCCGCCCCUCAGCCGGGAUGGUCUGCUCCGCCACGGGCACCAGCGCCUGCCCACCCCUCAGCCGGGAUGGUCUGCUCUGCCACGGGCACCAGCGCCUGCCCCCCACAGCCAGGGUGGUCUGCUCCACCAUCAGCAUCAGUGUCUGCCUCCCCCAGCCAGG